GGGAGAUAUGGAGUAAAUCGAGUUGUUAGCAUUUCUUCUCUGAAUUCUGGCUUUACAGCUCUGAACAAUGGCUGAAGGAGAUAACAACAAUGAACCUAAAGAAAGUGUUUCCGAGUUCGAAAAGUUUGAUAUCAACGAAUAUGAGACUCAAUUUUUUGGUUUCACUCCAAAGUCGUUCUUGGAUGGCGUUUAUAACGCCAUUAGUGAUUAUGUUAGCGACUGCUUUGGAGAGCUGGAAAAACAGCUAGCAAGUGAGACUUCACUAACGAAAAGUUCUACACCUGAACAAAUACACCAAAAAUGUGAUGCAAUGUUAAAACGUUUCUACAAAAGUGUAGACAAUUCCUUUGAUUAUCUUGAGAUCUAUCUUAUGAUGAAUGUCUUUGAGAUUCCUGCACAUGUCCUGUUACCAGAGGACAAGAUUCAUGAGAGUCAAAAUUACUCUAAAGAAGAUGAAGUCAAAAUUGAUCAUGAAUUACUAGAAAUACAAAGGAAAAUAAAAGCUGCCAAGUAYGUCAACACAGCAUUGAAACAUGAAAUGAAAGAGCUGGAUGUGAUGGAAUCAAAGAUUGUAGAGUGCAAGACAUACCUGGACAAUMUGAAUUCAACCUGUCAAUCAGGAUUAGGGCUCAAAGACACAUUAAAAUUCAACUAUGAACAAGCAAUGAAAUUACACAAUCAACUGAAUGACACCAAACUAACAUCUAAAGAGGAAAGUGAUGUUGAAAGUACAAGUAGAAGCUCCAGAAAAAAGAUCAAAAUUGAAAGGACAUUUGUUGCGAAAAAAACCCGAGGUACGGAGACCUCGUUGUAUUGUUCAUCCAGGAUGGAAAGUUCCCGCGCGUCGACUUUGAAUUCGUUCGUGCAAGAUUCAAACGAUGAUGUUUCGAUGGCACAGAUUGCUAAUGCUCGAGAAACGUUUGAUGAUUUGGAGUCAGCCUACAGGAAAUUUAAGUUUGAACUUGAAUCUGUGAAAGGCGAACACAAGUCUGAGGUUGAAAGACUGCAAGCACAAGUAGAAACGCUGCUCCGACAAAAAGCUCAGUUGCACGCUCAGCUGAAGGAAUCUAGAUCUGAUUCUAAAAAGUUUCAAGAGGAAUUUGCUCGCGUGCAACGAAAACUUGCCGAAAAAGAAUGGGAGCUGGAAGCAUUGGACAAAGAUCUUCAAAGCAAAACAGAUGUGAUAAAAAAACUACGAAGCGAAAAGGCGGAAUUUCUGAAUGAAAACGAAAGAUUGAAGCGAGAAUUAGAAUCAAGUAAGAAGUUUGUGUCAACUGCUCUGGAAAAGCAAGGCAGUGAUGUGGAACUGUCSAGUGUUCGUGAACAAAUUGUUGAAUGGGAGUCAAAUUAUCACGUCGCUCAAAAAGAAAAAGAAGAUAUUCAAGAAGAACUACUUCAUCACCAAACAAAGUUCAACGAUUUACAAGCGGAGUACGACAAACUUCAAAGAGAACUACAGAAAGAAACUAAAGGAACAUCGUUAAAGGUGACAAAGUACGAAGCACAAGUCAACAAUGUGACCAAGCAACGGAAUGCCCUUAAAGUACAAGUUGAGAACUUGAGAGAUGAAUUGAAGCGAAGUAAAGAAGCUUAUAGUUUACUUCAAAGAGACAUGCUGGAAAACCAGAAAGAUUUUGAUCUUAUACGAAGUGAAUUGUCAGCGAAAGCUCAACAAAACGAGAAACUUGAGAACGUCAACAAAGGCUUAGAGAAUCGAAUAGAUUCAUUGAAGCAAAACUUCUCCAAAACACAAGUUUCUACAGAAAUAAGUACCAAACAAAAAGACGCAUUAGAGAGAAGCUUGACUGACGUCGAAUCCAGGUUGCGAGACAUGGAAGAAGCUUGUGAAAACUUGACUGCCAUAAAAGAUGACCAGGAGAAAGAAAUUGUUACCGCACGAAUCAGGAUCUCUACUCUGGAGGUGAGCUGCGACAAGGCAAACGAAAGAGCCAACGAAGCUGACCAACAAGCGGCGCGUUUGCGUAUAAAAAUUGGAGACCUGGAGAAUACAAUCUUCACGCUUCGCAACAAGUGUACACAACUCGAAAAUCAGUACAACCACACGUGUAAUGAAGCCGACGAUCUACAGGAACGACUSGAUAACCUUUCCAAAGAGUUUAUGAAGCUUGAAGACGAGUGUGAUAGUCUGGUUCAUGAACGUGAUGACCUAAAAAGUCGUCUUGAGCAUGCCGAGAAGAAACUUAACGACAUGAAAUCCUCGGUUCAGAGAGGCGAGAAAGAUACCGAAGAACUUGAAACGAGAAUUGCCAGACUAAACGCACAAAAUUCCAAACUUGAGAAUCAGGUGAACGCAACGAACAGGCAAAAGAGCGUGAUUAAAGCAGAACUUGAUGAAGAGAAAGCUAAAACAGCAAAACUCAAAAGAGACAAUACARCUGCCCAAAGUGAGGCUACAGAAGCRAAACGUGCCCUGGAACGUUACAAAAAAGAUGCGGCGUCCAAGGAGAAAACCAUAGCUGACUUGAGAGCGCAUAUAGGAGCGAUGGAAGGGAAAUUUGAUCCUUUUUAUGAUGAAAACAAUAAAUUGCAGACUCAGCUUGAUAUUGUUCAGGAUGAAAAAGACAACAUGCAUGAAGAAAUGCUCAGACUACAGCAACAGCUGAUGGAGAUCGAAGGAGAUUGCAARGUUGCCAAUGAGGAGAGAGAYAUUGCUAACUCAGAAAUUCAUGGCUAUCACAAAAAGAUCACUGAGCUUCAAGCCGCACAUUCACUAUGUGAUAAAGUUAAAAGUGACUACCAAGGACAGUUGAUGGUGCUUGAGCAGAAGAUAGAGAGACUGGAAAAGGAAUCUAGAGAACUGUUAACUGAGAAGGCUUUACUUCAGGAACGAUUAACGAAUUAUGAAGGUGACUCACGUUCAAGCUUAGACAACGUUGAUACCAUAAAAAUGCAGUUAGUCGAAACGCAAAUGAUUUAUGAAGAGUUAAAGAGGGAAGUGACUGAGAAAGACGCCAUCAUAGAACAAUUGCGUGACGAGGUUAUGGUACUAAACAAAGACCUUAACAACUCGAAAGCYGACCUUUCUCACGAAAGAAGUCUUAUAGAAAGCUUUGAAGAAGAGAAAAGACAACUACAGGAGGAAUUAGCGUUGCAGAACAACGAGUUGUCAAGACUUGAAGAAAUACUCGAUACGACAAAUAAAGAGAAAGAACACUUAGAGUUAAAUCACCACUUAGCUGUCAAAAGGAUGAACUCGGCAGAGAGUUCUCAUAAACGAGAUGUUGAAGCCAGCAGUCGGCGUGAGCUCGAGACAACGAAAGGUAAAGUGAGUGACCUGCAGCGGGAUGCCUCUAACUACCGUAAAAAGAUUGCAGAAUUAGAAUCACUUUGUGACAUGGCCAGGAAAGACAAAGAAGAACUUGAAGUUGAGGUUGAAGAUUCCGAGCAGAAACUUACAGCUCAAAAGCUUGAAAUCGAACGACUGAUGAAUGAUAACGCAGAGAAGACACAGAAAAUUGUCCUCAUUGAARCAAAGUUAACUGACAUCGAAGCUGAAGUAGAAAAUGCCGUCAGAAACAAAGAAUCUGCAGAUGAUGAGCUUUACACUGUUCGUGGUCGAAUUGCAAAACUUGAAUCUCAAAUGGAGACAUUGCAGAAACACAAACUUCAAAUCAAAGAUCAACUUGAUGAGGCUAAUAAAAAACUGAUCGACAACAAAGAAAARAUCAUGUUGCUUGAAAGUCAGUCAAUGGAAGCACGAAAAAUAAAUGAAACCAUGUCAAAGGCAUUGAGCAAGAAAGAUAAUAUGAUCACUGAGCUCAACGAAGAAAUGAAAUCUUUGAAAAAUGACUUGAACAACAAUACUCAGGAUCUUAUAACGUUUAAAGUUGGAUCUGAGGGACUUGGUGCAGAUAAGAAGGAGCUCGAGAAGAGGUUAGUCUCUAUGCAGGCAAAGAUCGAAGAAAGCGAUAAGGAGCUGCGAAGGAUACGAGAUGGAAAAGGUUCMAUGGAACAAGAAAUCAGUAGUCUUCUUUUGAAAGUUAGUUCAAGUGAAUCCCAAAUAGUGAACAUAACCAAAGACAGGGACCACUUCAAAAACGAAUAUGCCACUUUACAAGCAGAGAAUAGAAAAAACAAAGAACAAGUUUUACAGUUACAGAGCGACGUGCGCGAAAGGGAAAGAAGAUGUGAACUGCAAUUGAGAGACUUGAUUGACAGGGAAAACUCCAUUGACUGGUUAAAGAACUCGAAGCAGGCAGAAAUGGAGACGGCUUUUAAGAUAAAUGAAGAGCGCGAACAGGAUAUGCAAGAUAAACUGCUUGAAGUACACGUUACACUGUCUCGACUAGAGUCAAGCGAGGAAACACUUCAGGAAAAGAAGAAAGAGUUAGAAAACGAUCUUCUUGCAAUGCAGAAGGAACUCUCUCCACUAAAGGAAAGUUAUGAUUCUGCCAAGAAUGAAAUCGAAGUUCUUGACCGAGAACUACGAGAAGCCAAUGAGAAGAUUUCUAAAACUGAGUUUGAACUUGGGAAAGCUAAACAAGAAAAGAACAACUGUCAACAUCAAAUUGAGGAAUUGACAAGCAAGCUGGCAAAAAGUGAAGAAGAGUUGCUGCAAGUGAAACGAAAGCUCCAAGAGUAUCAAAUUCUGUGGGAUAAGCACACGAAAGAUGUCGGUGGUAAAGAUAGUCUUAUUGAAGGCAUACAAAAUGAGAAGAAGGAUUUAGAGAGAGAAGUACAAAGCCUGCGCAAGGAGUUGAACAGUCUGCACGGUUCUAUCAAUGAUGCUAUCAAGAAAAGAGACGAUAGUGACAAUGAUCGUUUUGAAAUGAAACGUCAGAUGGCGGAUUACGAAUUAAGAUUGCAAUCAUGUAAUCUUGAAAACAAGGAAAUGCAAAAAGAUCUUAUCGAGCAGCAGAUGAAGAUUGCAGAUACCGAGGAGGAAUUGCAACGUGUUUUCAGAGAACAAGCAAAUCUUCGUGCCGAUGUUGAAGAGAAGAAAAAUGCUUUGUCAAGGAUCAAAGAGGAGAAUGUCGCAUURCAGAAACAAAACAUGGAUCUCAAAGGAAGCAUAGAAUCGUUGAAGAAAGAUGCGAUAGAAAAAGAUAACGAAAUCAAUUGGCUUAAAACUCGUCAUUCUGCUUUAGAAGAUGAAAUAAGAACUCUAAAGAUCAAGCUACAAAAUUACAAAAAUGACUUUGACCAAGACGAGGAGAUAAUUUCCAAUCUUGAGAAGGCAAUAGACGAGCGUGACGGUAAAAUUAAUGAGCUUGAGUUCAAUUUGAUGUCUUUGAAGAGAGAGAACGAAAAACUUCAACAGGAUAUCUCAGCUGURCAAACCUCGACUCCAGGACUAAAGAAUUCCCACCAGUCGGAAAAAAUGGAUAAAAUGCAGAUGGAUGUCAUCACUGCAACCAGAAAAGCAACUCAUCUUGAAACUAAAAACCAAGCUCUCAAAGAGGAAAAGGAUAAAUUGAAAGGUGAAAUAGUUGAACUGAAGAAAAGUAACGGUGAACUUAAAGCAAGGUUAGAUGCCAUUGACCGAGAGAAAAAGAAAGUGCAAUCGGAACUUACAUCUCUUCAAAAGAAGCACUUUGACAUUCAGACCCUGACGUCAUCUGAAAGAACGAAAUCUAAACAAGAUUCGUCGACACAAAAGAAAAUAAUGGAGCUGGAAUCAAAUUUGCAAAAGCUGAAACAAGAGAAAGGCGAUGCAGAAAAUGAGUUGACAAUUGUAAGAUCAAGAUUAAGUAAAGUCGAACAAGACUUGGCAGAGUCCAAUAGAGCAAAGGAAUCCAUGGUGUAUGAGAACAAAUCCAAAAUUAAAAGACUUGAGGAACUUGAAGAAGUUAUCAAAAGCCUUGAAGCUAAAGAUAAAUUUGGCAAAGACGAAAUUUUAUCGUGGCACAAAAAAGUUACCAAGUUAGAGCAGGACUUACAAGCGACCGAGAAUAAAGUUACUCGUGCUGAAGCAUUCAAUACAGCCUAUCAGAAAAAGGUCAAAGGACUCAAUGAUGAACUGUUUGAAUACCAAAAGAAGGUUGACGAACUAAUGGGAAGUUUGACUGAUUCCGAAGAAACCUUUGCAACAAAAGAAAGAGAGCUCAUCGACACACAGAAAAAGCUGUCAGACCUGGAAUCUGCGUAUCAAGUUGCUUUACAAAGCAAAAAUGACACACAGCGCGAACUUGGUGGAGCUAAAGACAAGAUUGAACAAUUGGAGGAAGAGACGCAGUCACAUUUGAAAAAAGAAGCUCAACGAAAAGGUACCAUCGAGGAAUUGAAAACAAGAAAUGAUUACCUCAAAGACGAGAUUGCAAAGCUACAAAGUCGUCUGUUGGAACAUCAGCAGUCAGUUCAAGAUAAUCACAAGGAUGUUUCUCACAAAAAGUACGCACUAGAAAAACUUGAUAAGGACAACAAGACCCUAACAACAGAUAACGAAAACCUCAAAAAAGAUCUACUUAAAACAAGGGAAGACUUGGAGAAAGCUCUCAUUGAGAAAAGAGAUGCCGAAAAUGAAUUCAUGAAGCAGCAGCUAAAGUAUACAGAAUUGGAGACAAAUUGUAAUGUACUUCAAGAUGAAAUUGAUCGUCUCAAGCCAGAGUUAGAGAUUGUAGGAGAACAACUGGCCGAACAACGAUCACUCAAUAGCUCGAUGUCCCAAGAGAUGAUCAUUUCCAUGCAAGCCGAAACAGUCGAAUCUGUUGCUCAAAAUAAUGAUUUUGACAUGGAAGCUUGGAAUGAUGAACGAGAACGACUCUUGACUGAAGUUUCAACUUUGAAUCGUAAGAUUGUAGCACAGAAAGAKUCACAGGAUAUSCUCCAACAAGAAAAAACAGGGCUGGACGAAAGUCUGUUUGCCUUACAGAGAACCAACGGUGAUUUAGAGAGAAGUAACAAAGAACUUGUUUCAGAACGCAACACUUUGAAGAACGAGAUGGACUUGAUGGAAAAUAGAAAUAUUGAGUUGCAAACAUUACUGGAGGCAGCUGUUAAAGAAAAAGAUAAACUUUCCCGCGAAAGCAAAGAGACAGAGAAAAAACUUCUGCAGCUGGAAGCUGACUACGAACUUCUCUCKUCUGACAAACGACCUGGUGGAUUUACAGAACAAAAGUUUUCCAGUCUUGAGCAAACUUUGAAAAAGAGUCAAAAUCGCGAGAAAGAACUUCAAAGUGAAGUCCUCGAGGCACACAAGAAAUUGUCCAGUCUAGAACAUGAGCAGAAAUCCAACCGAGAACGAAUAGAAAGUCUGCAAAAAACUUGCCAGGCGUCAGAAAACAAGAUAAUGAGACUUAAAGAAGAAACUGUCACUUAUCAAACUCGUAUCUCCGAGGUGGAAGCUAGCUACGAAAGUAGCCGAAUGGUACAAAGUCAAAUGCAGGACGAGAUGUCAUUAUUACAAGAACGACUAGUUGUAGACGAGGAAGCUAAGCAAAGCAACCAGAAGACCGAUGAUAUGAAGCACGAGUUAGAAGACCUCAAAGAAACUCUUGCGAGGAUGGAAGRCCAGGUGAACGCUGCUAAUCGUGAUAAAGAGGCACUGGAGAAUAAAUUAUCGGUGGAUAGAGAUAACAAAGAUGAAGAAACAAAGACGUUCAACCGCCAAAUCAUGGAAUUACAAAAUCGCAGCGAAAGCUACAGAAGGGAAGUCGUAGAGAAGACGACAUUGGUCGAGCAGCUUAGAUCUAGAAUCACUAACCUAGAGACGGAGUCUUCCAACUACAAACGUCACAUUGAAGAGAAAGAAAAGGAAAUAAAAUCGCUGGUGGUUGAGAGUGAUAAGAAUAAAAUGGAAAAUUACAAACUGAAGACGGCGAAGGCAUCAAAUGAAGGWGGAUUACGAGAAGAACUGGAUUCAUUCAAACARAAAAGCAAUACGCUCGAAUAUGAAAAAGACGAGAUUGAAAGACACCGUAACGAGCUACAAAGGGAGCUGAGAAAAGUAAAGGAAAAAUUACUAGAAGAAGAAAAUGUGCACAGACAAAGCUCAGGAGCCCUAGAACAGGCGACUCAAAACAUGCAAACAGCGCGUGAGAAAGUUUCAAAGAUGGAGUUUGAUCUGCAGAAAGCGUGCAAAGAAAAACAGAAUAUGCARGAUCAGCUCGAGAAAUCCAAUAAAGACCUUCUCAAGAAACAGGAAAAGAUUAUCCGACUUGAGAAGGAGCUUAGAAGCUCAAAUACUGAACUCGAAUUUAAAACUAAAUCAGUAAACGAAAAAGAUCAGGACAUUASUAAUUUACGGCUGAAAAACGAAAGCCUAGAGAAAGAAAUCGAGAAACUUAAAAAAGAUAUUUACAUAGCACAAGAAGCAAACGAAAAGAAUGAGUCAAGAAUCAAGGAGCUCCAGACAACUAUCUUAGAGUCACAAACCCCAACGCCUAGAACKCCAAAGAACAUGAUCCAGGGAAACUUUGAAGUUCGUCGAAGGCCAGACUCGAGACCAAGCUCAAGAUCAAGUAGUCGUAAUGCUUUGAACAGUCCUGCAAGAGUACCACUUGGAUCAAGCAGAGAAUCGUUAAGUGUAAGACCAUUUGAUGGUAGCACGGACUCUUUGAAYGGUGAGAAUGGUACUAGGACAGUUUAUCGUGAGAGUCAUUAUGUCAGUCGUCAGUACCGCGCAGUCUACCCACCAGACCUAGAAGUUAACGCCACGCAGAUGGACUCAUCAUCGAGACCUCGAAGGUACGAUGUUCAACAAGUGGAGGGAGACCAUGGGAUACUACUUCUGAGUUAUGACGUCGAUAGAUAAUAGUAUCACGUGAUCGAACUGCUCAGGUCGAUGUAAUAGACGUGUGAUGGUUUGGAAAUGAUAUAGACAGUAGUAAUGCAACUUUUGCCAGUUAAGAGAUCUGGAAAUGGUAUUCAUACAAAAGGUAUCCCACCAUUCACGUCCAAUGAAGCACAUAGUGAGUUUUACCCUGUAAAUAUACAUUAUAUGAAAGAGAUAAUUUUGAGUGAUAUAUUUUAAGCUGACCCGUCAUAAUCAUAACUGCUAUUCCACUUUAUAUUUAUUUAGAUAGUAAGUUAUUUUAAUAAUCAGGUCRAGGACUGGCUCAGGAUUGAUUAAGAAAUCAAAUUAGCUCGACAAUAUGUAUUAAUUGGACGCAGUAACUUUAAUUAUAGUUUAAAUUGCCCAUCCUUGAAUAUAGAGAUGUUUCGGUUUGUUUCUCUUUUAAGUUAUAUUGCUAGUUGGUUCUUUACCUCUCAUUGAUUUUCAUGACUUACUGUUGAUUCAUGGUCUGGUCACCUAACAAACCCCUAAAUCCACCCAUCUAGCAAUAUUUGAAAUAAAGAGAAAAGAGUAUUUAAAUGAUUUCCAUGUGACACUAGCUGUCUUGUAUUAGCAGAUUKUGACAUUUGUACGCAUGUAUUUCUACUAUUUGAGGAGUUUUUAUUAAUAAAGUGUUUGUAAAAUACACGUCGGGUUGGUUUUCAAAAACCUAUGAAGUGAUUGAUAAGUGAUAGGAUACUCAACUGUAAAUAUUAUGAAUUUCGUUCACAAGUUUUUGAAAACUGCAUAAAGUGUUAGUGAUAAUUCAAUAAAGUGCAAAUAUUUGUA